AUGGAGACAAAGAAGCCAUUGGAGAUAGUCGCGGACGCGUUCAAUGACCUGGCGGCCAUAGUGAAUUCACGGAGACCUAACGUGCCUGUGAAGCAAUUCUCUGACGCUUGCUCUCUCUUCUCGAGUCUCUUUGGUAUUCUCGAGACGUCCUUCAAGUUUGCCAAGUUAGACUAUGUUGGCAAGGUUAAUGAUCUUGCCGCGGCAUCGCGUUCAAUAUCGACAUUAGAGGUAAUGGUUGAUAAAGAUAUUGAAGCAGGCUGUGUAAAGCGACCUGGUAGUCAUUCAAGAAACCUUUUGCGCAUAAAGCGCGGUCUUGAGAUGAUCAAGGUUAUGUGCCAAGAGUUGUUGGUUAGCGAAGGUGAUGACUCUCUAAAGGAUGCAGCGGUUAAGGCUUACAAUGAAGUGCUUUUCCCUCACCAUCAGUAUAAUAUUCAGAAAGCUUGUGCUACGGGGCUCGACUCUCUCCCUCCCAAGUCUUUUAUACUGUUCAUGAUCGGUGAAACUGAGGAAACGGUUAAGAUACAUAUGCAAAGCUAUGUUACUGCAUCGACACCAGUAAUUGCGUAUAUUGACAAACUCUUCCUCUCCAAGAACUUUGGUAUCGAUUGGUGA